UCGUUCAGUUUUGUCUUUAACCAGCACUCCCAACUUCUUAUCUUCAACAUGUCUGGACGCGGCAAAGGUGGCAAAGUCAAGGGAAAGUCAAAGACUCGUUCCAACCGUGCUGGACUUCAGUUCCCCGUCGGAAGAAUCCAUCGUCUUCUUCGUAAAGGAAAUUACGCCGAGCGCGUUGGUGGAGGUGCUCCGGUCUACCUCGCUGCCGUUAUGGAAUAUUUGGCCGCUGAAGUUCUCGAGUUGGCUGGUAACGCCGCUCGUGACAACAAGAAGACCAGAAUCAUCCCUCGUCAUCUUCAAUUGGCAAUCCGCAACGACGAAGAGUUGAACAAACUUCUCUCCGGAGUCACCAUUGCCCAGGGUGGAGUUCUGCCAAAUAUCCAAGCAGUGCUUUUGCCCAAGAAAACUGAGAAAAAAGCCUAAACAUUCAUCUUCGAUAAACAACGGCCCUUUUUAGGGCCAACAAAUAUUUUUUCGUAGCACAUCUCGUUCAUACUUAUACCAGUUUCCUAUUCCCUCUCUGCAUUCAAUUGCAUAAAAGUGCACCUUAACAUUGGGACACUUAUAAUUGCAACAUUAAAUCAUAAACUCCCGAAAGCCUGCAAAUGCUUAAAAAAUACUAUAGAAAAAUCAUUCUUUUUUUAAAAAUGAGACUCAAGCGUCGAAUCUUCCAUUAUCAUGUGCACAUUUUUCAUAAAAACAGUAAUCUUAGGAACCGAGGGAUUGGUACGUCUAAUUCAGUAACAUCACUAUUUCGAUGAAUCAGUAAGAAAAAGCACUCCAUUAUUCCUUCAUCUCGUGCACAUCAGGAUUCAGAUUGUUAGUGCAGGCUCCAAUGUAUUAGAAAAUUUGAAAAUGCUGUAUUACGAAAACUGUUGAAAACUUAA